AUGCCGCAAAAUGAAUAUAUGGAACGUCACCGUAAACUUUACGGCAGACGAUUGGAUUAUGAAGAACGACAAAGAAAGAAGGAAGCUCGCGCACCUAAGAAACGUGCAAGAAUGGCUCGUGAAUUGAGAGGCAUCAAAGCUAAACUUUUCCAAAAAGAACGUCGUAAUGAAAAGAUUCAGAUGAAACGUAAGAUUCAAGCACAUGAAGAAAAGAAGGUGAAGAAACAAGCAGAAAAAGUUGAGGACGGAGCAUUGCCGCCUUAUCUCCUUGAUCGUGGAAUUCAAUCAAGUGCUAAAGUUUUAUCAAAUAUGAUCAAACAAAAACGUAAAGAAAAAGCUGGCAAAUGGGAUGUUCCAAUUCCAAAAGUUCGCGCUCAGUCAGAUGCUGAAGUGUUUAAAGUUUUACGCAGUGGAAAGACGAAACGAAAAGCUUGGAAGCGAAUGGUAACAAAAGUCACAUAUGUUGGUGAAAACUUUACGAGAAAACCACCAAAGUUUGAAAGAUUCAUUCGACCGAUGGCUCUACGUUACAACAAAGCUCACGUCACACAUCCGGAGUUAAAAGCAACAUUUUAUCUUCCAAUCAUUGGCGUGAAGAAAAAUCCAAACUCUCCAAUGUACACCAGCUUAGGAGUUAUCACAAAAGGAACAGUGAUAGAAGUGAACAUCUCAGAACUGGGCUUAGUAACACAAACAGGAAAAGUUGUUUGGGGGAAAUAUGCACAAGUUACAAAUAAUCCAGAGAACGAUGGAUGCAUAAAUGCGAUUCUUCUUGUCGACGAAAAUGGAAAAAUCCACCGUUUGAGACGUGAAUGUCCAGCAGAAACUUGUGGUGCUGGAGUAUUUAUGGCCGCACAUGAAAAUCGCGCUUACUGUGGAAAAUGUACAUUGACAUUCGUCGACAAGGAAUAAGAAAAAUCCAAUAAUGUUUAUUCCUCCAUUUUCUGAAUGAUAAGAAAAUAAAAUAUAUGGAAACAUAAGAAAAAA